AUGGCCCAGUCUACCGGAUCUGGACUGGCUUUGUCCCGGAAAUGGAAUCCGUCCGACACCCAUCUCAAGGCUGGAGGCGCAGAUGCUGGAUGGGUUUUGGCGGCGCUUCUCGGAGAUGGUCGUGUCCACGCGGUCGCGGCACCCCCAUUUGGCCAGAAAGCCACAGCAUAUGUCUCCCUGGUAACGUCGAGUGUGCGACAGCACUUCGCUGACUUGGAACAGCGCCGUGAGCAACAACGCCUUAAGCAGCUCCAUUUGAGACGAACCGAGGAUCUCAACUCGAUCCCCUUCUGGGUCCUUAGUGACAUCAUUUAUGGCGAGCUCCCAGAAGCGAUGAACGAGGAACUGGUCGAGCUAAUCAAUCUGCGGAACGAGAUUUGGGGGCACACCUUUAAGGGCGGCUGGUCCCUUUUCUCCAUUCACAAACUCUGUUCACCCACGCUCCGCAAGAAACUGCACGAGUUCGAGCGACGAUGGGAGGCCUUCAACGCGUGCUUCACGGUUGGUAGUUGGUGUAUUUGGUAA